GAUUCCCAGCAGUGUGCAGCAGCAGCAGGCCUGUGUGUGUGUGUGUGUGUGUGUGUAUGCGUGUGGUAUGAGUGUGUAUCUGUGCGUGGGUGGGCUGCUCGUUGUCGAUGUGAUUUGGGCUUCUGAGUAGAGGAGUGGUGCUGUCCCGUUUUCCCACGUGCGAUAAUUCUGAGUGGGUUAAUUAAAGGGGAAUUUUCCAAUUAAGAAACAGCAACAUGGGUCUACUUAGUUAACAGAUUUGUGAGCUAUCCAAGGUGUUAGGUCAUUAUCAUUAUUUAUGUCUCUUUUUCCUCCCCAAGUGUCAAUUUAAGAGAAAAGAAAGUUUAAUAUGGAGGUUAAACUUUAAAAGUGACAAAUGCAGCAAUUAAAGCCAAUUAUUUUUCAAUUAGUAGGCCUACUGUCCCAUUGACAGACUGUGUUUCACUGAUUUGACACAUUCAGAUCUGCACUGCUGUCACCCUUCUCAGUGCCUCACUCUAAGGUGAUAAAACUUUCGUUGCACCUCCAACAGAGGAGGAAACCGAAAGUAUGAAACAAGCUUACAGCUUUCGCUUUCGCUCCUACAGCGCACCUAAUUUCACUCACAACUUCUGCAUUUAACUUUGCUGCGAGAUCAGUAAGUCUAUAUCUUGGAGAAAAUUAAGCCAAAAUUGAAGCAAAAAUACUCAAAUUAGAAUUAUUGAAGAAGUCUAGGCAGCAUUAGACUAAAUUAUUGAUCUUUUGAUUCCGUUUGUCAGGGGAGGACGUGAUUGAACAGUGCACAUGUCUUUUCACAAGUCAUACUGAGGUUGUUCGACCUGUUAAAGAACAGUAACCGAAGAUGGAUAUGGGAGCUAAGCUGCACAUGAAAGAGUGGCUGAUAGUUCAGAUAGAGAGUGGCAGAUAUGAAGGGCUGUGCUGGGAAGAUGAGAGCAAAACAAUGUUCAGGAUUCCGUGGAAACACGCAGCCAAGAAGGACUACAAACAGACGGCGGAUGCAGCUCUCUUUAAGGUCAGUACUCUGUCUGUCUUUCUAUAAUCCAUUAAAUUUAAUAAAGAAAAUCUGCUGAUGGAAACCAAUAUUUUCAGUUUAUUUUUGAUCAAGAGUGGUAGGGGAGACUGGGGCUUGUUAUCACAUUUUUACACUCAUACAUUUCUUGGAAUCAUUAUAUCAUAUAUAAACAAAAUGUGUACCAAAGGAAAGACAAAAGUCUCAGAUAUAUAUUUAAUAUUCAUAUCAUUUUUAUAUCUUGUGUCAGUGCAGAGUUAUAAGCAAUCAAAUAGAAAGUGUGAACAUGUGACAUGUUGCUCCACCAUCGGAUAAGUUGUCUCGUUCUAUGAGGUAAGAUGUCACAGUGGAUUUUGCAGCUAAUAAAACAAGAGCAAAAUUAUUGUUGUUCUCAUUUUUUUAUAUAAGUGAACUUAGAAAGUCAGGCACAGAAAAUGUUUAUCAUUAAGCCAGUCAUUGAACAUAGCCAUUGAAAAACGUUAACAUAAAAUAUUUUGCAACAUGCUCUGGAGUUUGAAGAGCUGUUUCGUAAUUCCUGAACAUGUCUUCCCGCUUUCUCCUUGCCUUUAAACCACUUUUGUCUCUGUAAGAAUAAAGUCAAAAUUUCAAUAUGACAACUAUGGAAAAGCAGACUCUUUAUGUUAAUUUUAAUCCCUUUUAAACAUGUGACAACUAACCCCAAAAUGACUGAGACAUGUUGCCCCAAAUUACCACGUUUGCUAAUCAAAGCUCUAGCUUAAAGUUAGUUUAAAACAGAACAAUGACUGAGGUAUGACAGGACGCCUUAAUUUAUUCUCUAACAAGUCUAAAUAUUUCACUGCUAGGAUUUUUAUCUAGAAGAAGCUUAUUUUAAAAUAUGUAAAGUAUUUUUUUUUAACUUUGCAAAAUGGUUUAUUGGCGCUCGUCUCAGCUCAGAAUGUGCUCUUCUCUUCCAGACAGUACACGACCCCUGAUCAUGUGAAGGAAGAAAACUAGUAUUCCACUUUUUAGUUACAAAGAUAAUUGCAAUGUGACAACUUACCCAUGUGACAACAAGCCCAGUCUCCCCUAGUAAAUACAUUAAAACAAAUCUUAAAAAAUAGCACUGUAACAUAUUGAAAUAAUAACUUUUAAGAGGUUAUAAAUACAAGUUAAGUUAGUGAGAAAGUAGACCUACUGAGGUCUGGUCUGUUCCCCAUUUUUUAGAGAAUUUAAAAUAACCAGACAGACCCCCAUUAAAAGGAAACAGCUCUGUAAAUAAAAAUAAUGAUAUUAACUGCAGUAUCUGAAAAAUGCAAAGGUGAGUCAUGUGCCAUAAAAAUGAAAGUCUUUUUGAUAAAGAGAAGUAAUGAGCCUCUAUUAUGAUUAACUACCAUGCGGUGCUCUUUUGACUGAAUGUUAAUUACUGAGCCGAGAGAAAAAGAAAAAAAAAAAAACACUCACAUUGAAAAUCAGAUUCUCUGUUAUGAGAUUGCAAAGAGGGUUGAGUGUCAGUCCUUCUGUUCUUUUUAAAAAGCCUCGACUCGUGUGAUUGAGCUAAACGGGGGUCAAACUCUUCAGAUUCACCGGUGGUUUAAUUUCUCUUACAUUCCUUUGGGAGGUAAUUUAUUUUCUUUAUAAUGUCGGAGUUCUCUAAUGAAUGACCACUUAACACCUGAGGAGCCUUUGAUUGAAAUUGUGUUUGGUUUUAAAUUAAAGUGGCUUAGUCACUGAAGAAAAAAUGUUGAAAAAUAUUUACUGUGUUGGAGAACUAAACCUUCCUGCUUUCAUUUCAUUCAACACAAACAUACAUCAAUUCAUACAUUUUCCCCUGUUAGUGCACCAAAUCACAAUUGAAGUUAUCCUGUGAAAAUUAGAAGUCUAGACCGAACACUCUGAGAGCAACCUUUAAACAAGCCAGCGCUUAGCAACAGCAGCAACGUGAAAGACUCCUUUUAACGGGCGGGAGGAGGAAUAAUAAGAAGUGAAGGUGGAAACAGGAGUGAAAAGGUCCGCAACCUGAAACAGCAAGAUUAGAGGAAACAAAACUCCUGGGGCUAAAGUCACAUGCAUUUGUGGGCUUAUGGCAUAGCCCACUGUAGCUUAAGAAAGACAAAGUCCAAGGCGAGCCUGAGCCUGUCUGGUGGGUAGACUACUCUCAAAGUAUAGAGAACAUAUGUCUCAUGGACUACAAGAUAAUUCUACCAGAUGAUAAGUUGAGGGAUCUGCCUCACAAACGACUUUUGGAGGGUGAAGGUACAAUAAGUCAAAACUUAUUUCGAUCAGAGGUUUCUGGGUACAAAGGGGGAUAAACAUCACAUCCUGGAUUUUACAGAGACUUAAUGCAAAGAGGUUAAUAAUAUGGGAUAAAUAUGAUCUUUAAACUUAGUCUGUGUCGAGUUGAGUUGAGUUGUUGUGGGCAGAAGACAACUAGCAGCACUCUUGGUUGUCCGAGUCUUAGUUUGACCGCUUGAUUGUAAGAAGCAGCAAAUAGAGGCCGAGGCAUUACAAAUUAUGAUCUCUUUUCCCCCCAAAUAAUCAGACUGGAAAGAAUUUUAUGGUGUUGUGCAGAUUUAAAAAAAAGUGCAAGACAAAAAUUGCUCUUACAGGGACACAAACAACAAAACCUGUUUAAAACUGACUCAAAGAUAGUCAUGAAAACUGUUACUGUUCUUUCAUUAGGCUUCAGUGAUAAGUAUAAUUGGGUGUAAUCUGCUUAACAAGACAGUUUCUGGAAUAAUUUCUACUAUAUAUACUUUAAGAUGAGGAGAACCAGUUCCAGUAGAGCCAGUUAUGAUACUCCCUACUUUUAACUCACAUCCUGAGAUGGAUCUGAUAAACAGGAUUUAAACCCGCCUGAUGUGGAUCCUUUAAUACCAAUUAAGUGUUCCAGCGUCUGUAACAGGAUGUGAUGGUCAGUUGUGUCCAAUGUUCCAGUAAGAUAUAUAACCAGACGGGUACAGAGGGAAGUCCUCUGCUUAAAAAAGUCUCAGUGCCACGCUGAACUCCAGAUCCAACAAAUUAAUGAUUUAAAAAAACACCAUGUGACCAAGUGGCGACUUUUUUGUUAAGGACUUUGGAAGAAAGAAAGUGUAACUUAAUUUCUGCAGCUAACUGAGACGUCCUUGAUUUUUAUGUUAUUGUUAAAAACCUGGUAAGUUUAUUUAAAACUAUGUACAACACACAGAACACAUGCAGACAGUAGAUAACUCAAUAUAUAGCCUAUUAUUUAACUCAAUCUCUUUCAGUGUGGCUGUUCUGGAAAAAAAGAAGAAAAGAAAAAAACCUUAUUUUUCUUUCUUCACCAUCAGUAAGGAGUCAUAAAGCCCUCGAGUAUUACAGUGUGCCUCAAAUACCGUAGCAAGUAGAAAAAAUACAACAACAAAUAGUACGGCGAAAGUUCAAUAAUCUAGUUUUGAUUUUUAUUUAGAAAUUUAAUAAGCAAUGUUUUUCUUUACUGUGGUGUACAGUAAAUCUGCUGCCUUCACAAUGUAGUGGGUAGAUUUACAUAACGCUAAAUCCUAGCUUACAUUAAUUCUCAAAAUAGGAAGUUUUUGCAUACUAUAAACCGAUUAAUAAUCAAACAGAAUAUGGAGCACACGUCUGCUGUGAUGAGUAAUUUAUACUUCUGAUAUUUCAAUCUUCACAUCCACAGGCCUGGGCUGUGUACAAAGGAAAGUACAGAGAGGGGAGGGAUAAAGCGGACCCCACUAUGUGGAAAACCCGUCUCCGGUGUGCACUCAACAAGAGCCCUGACUUCCAGGAGGUCCCUGAACGCAACCAGCUGGACAUCACUGAACCUUAUAAAGUCUAUCGCAUUAUGCCCGACAGUGGAAACACAAAGCCAGCAGGUGAAAUUAAAAGAAACAGCAUUUUUCCUUUCCUUUUCAGGUGAUCUCGCUCAUCCUAUUUUGUUAAGUGGUUUGCAGCCCUUUAACGACAUUGCUCCAAAACAAAUAAAAGAAUCAAUAAAAGGAGAUUGAUGUUGAAUGAAUUCGGUACUUCUUUAGUGAGCAAGAUCCGGGCAUGAAAAAGGCUGUCUGACCUUGUUUGGGUUUCUUUUUCACUUCACUUAAUAAGAAUCUUUCAUUUUUAUAACCACUUAUUGGUCUCCUCAGAGUUUCACCAGAUAACAGAUCAAGUAAUCAUCCCAGCGAGGAGGUCUUUGAAGAACCCUGAUUGCCUGGAAAAAAAGGUAAGAACCCAAUAAACCACAAAAGACAUCAGGUAGAGCUGAACUGGACGAAUAUUUGUCAAAGGUUAUUUGAACUAUUUAGCACACUUUAAAUGUCUGGAACGUUUAUAUACCAGCUAUAAAGAGAUGUAUUAUGUUAUUUUCUUUUAUUUGAUUGGAGGUUUUGUGUUGUUUGGAGCAUUUUUCUGGGCUGUUCACAUUAAAAAAUGGCCUUUAUACUUGUUGAAACAAUAGUGUCUCUUAUACGCAGGAGAAGCCGGUUAAAGGAGAGAGCUGUAAACAAAUAAAGUUGGUUUAUAGUGAUGGCGAAACCUCGAAUGGUAACCUUGAUUUGGUUUGUUUUUCGCAGCCUCAUGAAGAGGAAUCAUUUCAAGCAAGUGAAGAAGAGAGAAAACCAUUGAGGGGUAAAAGGAACAUUUUAAACCAGACUUUUGAAACACACCUUAAUAAAAUGUGAUAUGAUAUUUGUAUACCAAUUAGUAGUUUACAGCUGAUUUAAGACACGGGUCAAAACCGACCCUUAACAUGGUGGGUGUGUAGUAAAAGCUAACACAGGAGGAAGGGUACAUGGGGCGCCUGCUCUACCAGCUGUAUCACAAGUAUGGAGAAUAAACUCAUGAAAUAACAUUUUUCUUCUGUUUUAGAGGAUCUGAUGAGGGAGCACUUGUAUUGUGAGCUCACUGAAAAUAAACCCCAGAAUCAGAGCUCUCCUGCGGUCCCCUUCCUCAGCCCUAAUGUGACUGUCACAGGUGAGAAAGCUUAUGUGUCUGUGUGUACAAAACAGAUGUAAGCAGUUACCUUGCACUGUAACUAUGACCUGUAACACAUGUUGGAUUCGCUUUGUGCAGACUUUCGCAUGCAGGUGAUUCUCUUGUAUCACGGCCAGAAGGUGAUGAAGGUGACCACCAGUAGCCCAGAGGGGUGCUUCAUCCUGCAAGGCUCUGUCCCAGUGGGAAACGAACGCAUCUACGGCGCCUGCACCGCCCAGCAGCUCACUUUCCCCUCACCAGGCUCUGUCUCUUUACCUUCAAGCAUGGUUGAAGCAAUGAACCGCCUCCUCUAUCACCUGGAGAGGGGCGUGUUAUUGUGGGUGGCACCUGAUGGAGUCUACAUCAAGAGGUUCUGUCAAGGCAGGGUGUACUGGAGCGGCCCCAUGGCCCAACACGCCGACAGGCCGAACAAACUGGAGCGAGAAAAAACCUUCAAACUUCUCGAUACAGCCACAUUUCUCAAUGGUGACGCAAUGCAUGCUUGAAUUAACAUUCGUGAAACACAAACCGCCGCUAAGAGCCAGAAAAAGCAGUUUGGACUUCCAGCCCAACAGUUAGUCAUAUAAACGCAGCUGGAACAGAAUAAGAUUUAUUCAAAGGCAGAUUGUUCGGGACACUUGGCAGAGAAAAGAAUGACAAAUUUCACACUUCUUCUCUAUGCAAAGAGGCAAUAUGUUUUUAACAAUCAAAUGCAUUUGUAAGAUCUAAUCUCUUUUCCAUUAAGACGUAUCUUUUUUCUUUUUUUUUUUUCUUCUGUUUUCUGUACAGAACUCCAGACUUGUUUACAGGGGAGAGGCCCUUCACCUUUGUAUGAGAUCGAGCUUUGCUUCGGGGAGGAGUAUCCUGACCCCAACGUACCUAAAAUGAAAAAACUGAUCAUGGCGCAGGUGAGUGGAUUAGGAAUAAAUGGUUGUUGAAAUUUUGUUUGAACUUAUUUUCUCAAAAUUUUGUAUCAAGUUCUGCAAAAUAAUCUUUAUUUAACAGUUUUUUUAGUUUUGUUGUAAAUACCAGCAUAUUUAAGUCAGCGGAAUUACUCUUGGCCUAUUUUAUUCCAAGUAUUUCUUAACUUUCUAGUUUUGUUUUUAUCAAUUUAGGAGAAAAAAACUCAAAACUAAAGUUAGGUGAGCUUAAUAAUGACAGAAAGAACCACCACUUACAAGCCAGUUUACAAUUAGUUUGAUGCAAAACAAACCCAAUAGUAUAUUUUAACCCCAGUGUGAAUACCACCUGUGUAGAAGUCUAUUUGUAGUAAAUUCCACCACCACUAGAGGUCCUCAUAAGCAUACCGAUUGUGUCCCACACUGUGCGUCCUCCCGGCCAGGUGGUGCCCUUGUUUGCUGUGGACUUGCUGCAGAAGUUUAACGUGGGAGAGAGCGAGGAGAAGCGGCCGAAUGGCAGCAGCAGUACAGGUGAAGAGGAGUAGCAGGAAGAGAGCUGGACCUGCACCAGGGUAACAACAAACAACCUCCAGAAAGAACUGUGGAUUUUUUAUCUCUGUGUCCUGAGAUGAAAUCCUGAAAAAAGCAAAGAGUUCGGUGUCAGUGUGAAUGCACAUACAAAGGAAAAUAUUUAAACGCUGCACUGUAAUCCUUAUCUAAAGCUUUAAGCCAAAGUACUUUUGUCUUUGUUCACCUUAAACUGUGUUUUCUGUCCUCUAUGAAGCUUAAUAAGCCAAAAUUAUUUUGCUGUUAAAAGAAAAAAAAACUUAUUUUAGACUAAAAUGUCAAUAACAUGCUUCAUAUGUAAAAAAAUGUCUUGCAGAUUUGUCAUUCCACUGAUGAGCAUCUGCUUCAAAAUGAUCAUUCGAGUAUUAAGUUAGAGAAUAAACUGACACCUUUAAUUAAAUCUAUAAAGCUUUUUUUCCUUUAUUUCUAGCGAACAUCAUAUAACAGAGUCACAAUUUUUAAAAAUAUACAUUUUUGUAGCUAUAACAUUUAAAAAGAAAAAUCAACAGGUAAGGUUUUCUUUUUGAAAAUUAAAAAAAAAACAAAAAAAACCCCACAAAAACUAAAGUGAGAGAGUGUGCUGAAUCAGAGGAGAUACCCGUAUCUGAGUUUAAAAUACUUUCACCGUUUCCCUGCCUUCAAACAAAUACAGUACGUAAAAAAUGAGAUGGGAACAGAAGUGUACAGUACACAGGGGUCAAGAGUAUUCACAAAGCAUCAUGUUCCAACGUGUUAUUAGCACCAUUACUCUUCAGCCGCGCUGUACUUUUGACUCUAUCCAUCAUUCAGUUUUUAAUGGAAAAACACCAUGUGUGUCGAAGAAGCGAUGUGGCACAGACCUGUCUGUGUGGGUGGGAUUGUCUGUUACGCAGUUUUCCUUUUAGUGUUCUCCCUUUUCUCAGAGAUAAUGUUAAGAACAUAUUGGAGGGUAAUGCCUUGAUGAACAAUUGUUUGAAAUGACUCCCAGUGAUGAGAAUAAAAAAAGGCGAAGAGUUGCUCGUACAUUCACCUUGCCUGCCGCGGCUGACAUGUAGCCGCUGGCUCAGAAGCAAGAAAAUUAAGAAAAAACAAGAAUGCAUUUGCAAAACUGACAGAGAGAUUGCAUUAAAUCUGUUUAGCAUAUUUACUGUAUAUAACAUUUGUAAUGUAAUAUAUAUAGUCAACUUUUUGUUCAUAUAUAUAUCUGCACUUCAUCAAUAGGGUUUACUUUCAUAACACUGAUUGAAAACCGAUACCCUGCAGAUAUCACUGUCAGCAAGUAUGUGUGCGGGACAACCAUUACAAAAACAGAGUGAACACAGACAAGUGCUUGAUUGUCUCACUAUAUGUCUUCAGUGUGUCUGUAAGGAGCUUUCCAGAGAUCCUUCAGCUGCUGCUCCUUUUAGGGCUGUGCUAAGUAUAGUUGGGGAAAGGAAAGGAAAGGAAAGGAAAGGAAAGGAAAGGAAACGAGAGGAAAGUGAAGGAGAGGAAAGGAAAGGAAAGGGUACAAACGAGAGGAAAGUGAAGGAGAGGAAAGGAAAGACAAAAAGAAAGGAAAGGAAAAAGGAAAGGAAAGGUAAGGAAAGAGGAAGAAAAGGUAAAAAAUGGCAAUUGAGGUUAAUCUUCUGGGCAGCAGUGUGGACACCCGUAAAACUAUGUUUUCUAUUGAUUUUUUUAUUCCUUCCCUGCAACCCUGCCUUGAGGUCUCUUCAUUGUUUGUCUUAGAGGGUGCAACAGAGACAAGGAGGGUGUGUAUGUGUGCGCGUGUGUGUAUGUGCAUGAUGUAUACAUGUGCAUUUCGAAGUUUUUUUUUUUUUUUUUUUUACUGCCACUUCAUCAGCUUAGAGCCAUGAGGUAAAUCCAGGAGACUUUCAUCAGUUCCACUCGAAGGAAGGGAGUCCGGGGCAGACCAGCGCCGUUUGCGUGGACGCGUCUGCUCCUGAACGUGAGGCUCUGCAGCCUGAGCACGAGGAGGAGGGGCUGGCACAGUAGGAGGUGGGUGGUGAGGGAGAGGGGGAGGUGGAGGUGGUGGUGGCAUCUCGUCCCUGUGCAAGCUGCUGCUGCUGCUGCUGCUGCUGCUGCUAGACUCUCCUGCAGCCCUUGAGGGGGGUUGCAUGCGAUGGGCCCGGGAGCUGGUACGCGUGUGUGUCCGAUGGGUUUGGUUGGGUGUAGGUGUUAGAGCCAGGCAGACAUCCCCCUCCGUGAGCUGGCGGCAGUGCAGGCCGUACAGCUGUGAGGUUCUCUGGGGACAGCAAGAAGACCAGCCUCGGUCCUGCACAAAGAACGGAUACUCCACCAAGACCUUCAGUAACUCCUACACAAAACCACAACAUGGUUACACACUCAACAUCACAUGUCUGACACUCAUUAUCACUACAAUCUGUUUGACUCAGAGAAAAUCAAGGGGAAUACUACUUCAACCCUGCAAGUACUCAUAUUUAAAGUGGGGUUUUACGAGGGACUGAGCAGCAGGAGUUGAAUUUCUCAUAAGGCGGACGACAGUCACUUUUACAAUAUACUAGAUUUUGAAUAGUUUCAUCUUCCUGACUCAUCUUUUCCUUUGACUUUUUAUUUUUCAACCACUGUUGGACUCCUUUACAUACAACAGAUAAUGCUGGGCCAGCUGUAACAGCAGUUAACCUUCCUCCUGUGUUAACUUUUACUACACACCCACUAUGUUAAGGGUCGGUUUUGACACGUGUCUUAAAUCAGCUGUAAAUUACACUAAAAACAAUUCUCUAUCAUCCAAUUUGGUUUGCAUCUCUUUGUUACCUUGUUAGCCUUCAUUAUCCAUGAGAAUAUUGUUUAUAAUAGUUUUUGUAGAUAUUCUGGGGGUUUCUUUGUCAGCAUACCCCCUCAUACAGACAUCUAUACUGAAUUGAUCUCACAUGUCUGGACAUGCCCAACAUUAUUUUUUGUACAGGGAAAAACAUGGAAAAAUGAAAAUUUCCUAAAUCUCACAUGAUUGGAAGAGGAUCUGACUGUCAGUGUGGUGCCUGACAGUGCACUUAUGAUUUCAGUUUUUGCUCUAAUUAUUAGAUAUUAAUCUAACUGGGUCAACAGCGACCCUAACAUGACAAGUGUCAUAAUUUUAAUAAGAGCAUUUUAUAAUUUAGUCAAUUCAUUUUUUUUAAUUUUUAUUUUGUUGAUAUAGAGUUUCCUGACAAAGUCAAAAAGUCUUAAUGCAAAAAGCUAAUUUAAGUGUCUCUUUUAAGCAUUUAAAAACUAAAACGGAUCGGUGCAGACCCUAACACAGGAGGAGGGUUCACAGACACUGAAAAAAAAAAAAAAUUGAAAUCUCCAGGUUUGACUUCAGGUUAAGUUCACCACGGCCUUGUCUGACCUGAACAGGUGAGCUGUAGCAUCAGGAUCAGGUGAUGCAUGUUUGAGGAAACACAUGCCAGAGAAAAGGUAAAAAAUAUUCAAAAUCAUAAAAUAAAGUCAAACGGAUUUUUCUUUUUUUACUCAAAGCACUGCCCAUUGUGGUACAUAGCAUAGCUUCCAUGAUCGUGCUCAAGCCGCCUUGCCACCAUCUGCUGUGUGUGGUAACUUGAUACUAAUAGACACCUCAUACAAUCCCACCUUAAAAUAAAAACGGCACUAUCUUUUAAAAUAAUUCCUAACAAUGCUGUAGUGUUAAUAAUUAAAGCUGAAGAGAGGACUGACCUGAGUGUUGAGGUCUGUGAGGUGGACAUGUAGGUGGCUGAAGCCCUGAGCGCUGCUGGGGGAAAUCAGCAGCACGGUACAGGUGCUGAGGUGGAACUCAGGAGAGGUGUCAGCACUCCGCAGGAAGUCCUCUGUCCGCAGCUCCUCCACUCGCUUCAACCUGCCACUGGCCAGCUCAAUCAGAGACCCCUUGGUGAAGUGAGGUAGGAGCGCGGGGGGAGACGGGUGAAGGUCCGUGGGUGAGGUGUGAACAUGGGAAGGAGACGACUCUCUCCCUCGAUCUCUGUCCCUGUCUCGCCUUCUUUCUCGCUCGCCGUCUCUUUCUUGGUCAUGUUGAAGGUGCUUCUCUUUGUCUUUGUCUUUCGCUCGCUCUCUGUCCCUCUGUGGGACUUUUUCUCUGUCUCUGUCUCUCUGUGGUCUGUCGUGGCUGUUGGGCAGACCGAGGGGGGAGUGCGGUGAGUUUCUAAGGUUGUGCUGUCGGGUGCCUGGCUCCCUGUGCAGGUUGUACAGAGGUGUUCCUGAGGGGCUGUAGAGAGGAAAAGUCUGGGCCUGAGGGCUGGGGUGGCACACCGAUCCCAAGGAGUAAUAGAUCUGGGCUUCAGCUGGUGUUGCCCCUAAGGGAUCCAAUAGCCCCCCUCUGCUUGGCCUGGGGACUGGCCCAAGGGGGAGGGGGCUGCUGGGGAGUAAACUGGAGCUGGUCUUACUUAUCCCAUGUCUGUCCUGCAGUGAGGAAUGUAGCUCAGGGCCCUCCUGAGCUUGAGAGUCCGACAAAAAAGGCCCCCCAGAGUGGACUCGGGACGUUAAAUCUUCCUGCUGCCUCCGCCCACCAUUGGUGUGCGAGGUGUGUGGACCGAUGUCCAGUCUGGUUCUGCUGCUAUCAUUCCCGUAGUCUCCUGUGAGCAGAGGCCUGGAGCUCGGAGCAGUCCUGCUGCCUGGUCCAUCCAGGCCGUUGGGCCUCUUGCCCAGGUACCGAUGUCUGGCUUCAACCAAGCUCGGGUCAUGAGAGUAGAGAGGGUGGUGGCUAAACAAGUAUGAAGAGGAGAAGAGAGAUGAGCUGUUUUCCCGUCGGCCGCUGUUAAUGUAGGACCACAUCUCUCUGGAGUCAGCCGGGAAGGGCGUCUUAAAGGACGAAGAAGAGGAAGAAGAUGGGGAAGGAGGUAAGGAAAGGGGCCCUUCUCUAAGCCACCUGGAGUGGUGGGGCAUGGGUAAAGAGAGAUGAUCAUCUCUCCAGGCAGGAGACCCUGAGCCUCUCCUUUCACUGACUGCCCCUGGAAAAAGAGGGAGAGAGACGGAGGGGGAGUAGCUCAGAUGCCACGGCAAGGGCAGGGGGAGGCCUGGAGCAGGAGCAGGUAAAGGUGGAGGAGUAUGGAGGAGAUGGGGGUUUGGGUUAAUAAGAGAUCGGUCCCUAUCACUGGCCUCCCUUCCUCCCUCCCCUCCUCCCCCAGUUGACCGACUCCGGAGUGGCACAGGGGGUUUGAACUCGUCCAACGGGACUUGGUGUUCCGUCGAUCCUUGCCUAGACUCCCUCUUCUUGGGAGGGAGGCACUCUUGGCCGCGGUCAGGGCUGGGAUUCAUGGGUGGGCUCCAGCGGCAGAUCGGGGCCCCCUGUGCGUGGGUGUUGGCUAGGUCACAUGGGCCUCACGGGAGAACGAGGGGCGCAGACAGAGGGGGAGGCUGCUACACAGCAUCACUGUCAGAUCACUGUUGAGUCCUCUGCGCUGAAGCACCACUCACCUGGAGAGAGAGGACAAACGAGGACAGAAGCAGAGAUGAGGACGGUGAAAAGGAGGGAGACGGCAGAGACAGAAGCACAAGAGAUGAUGUGUGAACACAGAAAAAGGACGGUCUGUCAGGUCCUGGCAUCACUUGUUGUUGAGACUCAGCUGUCAAUCUGUUCUGACAUGCAAACAAACAUUCAGCUGCAGACAGAUGGAGAGUGACUCUCUCGUCUAAACUACUUUGAAAGGUUAGAAACUCGCCGCGUUCUGAUUGCUGUCACUAAUUAGUCAUUACCUCUGUGCACUGCGGUGGGACUGAAACUACCCAACUUACUCGUUUCAUUCAAACACAUUACUCCCACAUGUGGGCUAUAAAUACAUUUUGCAGCCAUUGAAGUUCAGAGGCAGUGCACUAUGUGUGUGUGUUAAAAUCUACAUACACACAAAACGCACUCACACAAACGCACAAUAAAGCACUCAGCGUGAGAGUUUUCAUCUCUGACUCUCUGGGGAUGAUUGGAAUAUGUAGAUAUGUUUUUGUGCCACUUUCAUGAGCCACCCCCUUGACACCCCCGGGUGUUCUCUGUCUUCUGUAUAAGCUUACUACUAGCACCCACCAUGCUUUCUCUUUCAGACACACACAGAGAGCAGCAGACACAGAAAUACUCCCUCAGGCGGCUGUACUUACUCCCCCAGUGAAAGGCAAAGCUGGUCACCACCCACCCGAAAGCUGACAGAAACACUGUUGAUAUUGCCACCAGUUGUUGUGGACACAGGAUAUGUGUCUUCGCAUAUUAAUUAUUCUUCUCAGCAGGGGUGUGGGUAAAUGUGUUGUGUGUUCAUGCAUGUUUGUGUGCCUUUUUUUUUCUCUCUGGCGGAAAUAUGUGAAUGUGUUUAUUUGUUUAGGCUCUUUUGUGCGUGUGUGUUUGUGUUUGAAUCCUCGAAUGUGUCAGAGAUUUUGCUGCCUCGUUUCAUUCAGUGAGAAGUGCGGGGGAGCUCCACUAAUUCUUCUCCAAACAUUUUUUUUUUUUUUUUUUAAAGGAGCUCUUUUGAAGUGAUUGUUGCCGCGCCGACGGCCCAGCUGUUCCCUCCACCACCACCGCCAACACCACCACUGCUGCUCCCGCCGCCACAACACCACAGCGCCAUGCUGCCAAUCAGCCCCGCGCUCACCCGCACGUCUGUCUCAACAGCCUUCUAGCUCCCUGCCGUCUCACCAUCCACCCCACUGUCACCAUGGCAACUGUCUUCACACACACAUAUACACACGCACACACUCACACACAGUCAGCUAUAGAGGUUAGAUGGGGAUACUCCAUGGAGAGGCGGGUAAACUGUUGCUCAUCAAGUGACUUGGUCCAAAAACAGAAUAAGUGUUAGAGUGGAGCAAGCUGUUUGUACAUCUGAGUGGAAAACUGAAGAGUGGGCGCUGAGAGGAGGGGGAUUGAUUCUCCCAGACGCAGACAGGACAGUGUCAUGAGCGCAUCAUGAGAACUGCUAUUAGGAAAAACUACCAAAUCAGUCAAUGCGGUGCCGUGAAAAAUAUUUCAAACCUGCGAAUUCAGACUCCAGGGCUGAAAUCUCACUUUUUUUCUCUGAGCUGAAACGGCCUUCUGCGGGCUGAAAAGCCACUGACCUCUGCCCUCUUAAAAAUGGAUGAUCUUUAUAUUCUUUACAAGCUCAGCAACUGUAGAAAAUCAUAUAUUAGUUCAUAAAAGAAUUUUCCUUAAAAUGAUCAUUUCCCUACCUAUUUAACUAUUAAUCCAAACUUAAAAAAUUUUUCUUGAUUCAUACAAACAGCUGUUAAUAUUUUAUUCGUAACUAAACUAAAUGAUGGUUUGGACUGAAACAGUUAACCACAUAAGAAAAAAUGAAGAGCCCCCGCCCCCUCCCAAAAAAAGGAGGACACACAAAAUAACUAUCUAAAAAAAGAAUCACAGGAAUCCUGCUUUUUUUUGUAAAGCGCAAUAAAAAUAAAAAAAUUGGUAUUUCCUUUUUCAAGUCUAUAUUUGUUUUACUUAAGAACUAUUUGUAGCUCAUGCAAGAGCUCGUCCAGGAACUAAUUUUCUUUAAUUAAAACGGCCGGUUUCAGAUUUGUCCUCAAAUGACUCUGUAAUUCCGACAGCCCUUAUAAAGAAAAAAACAAAAAAAGGUUGUCAAAACAGACCUAAUAUAAACUCGCCAAAAAAGUACAAGAAAACAAAGAACACAAUUGUGCAUGUGGAGGAGUUUGCAGAGAAAUGUCUUCUAACAGAACACUCCUACACUGUGCAGACAUGCUCACAGAGCUGGAGUUAAGCUGGAGACGCUCUUGUCCUAACAUUUGUAAAAGAAUUACGCUCUGAAAAGCAUCAAUGCAAAUUAUCUGAAGAGCUAUUUGCAUAUUUUCUUAUUAUUAAUUAAAAACGUGUUUUUUAUGCUGCUAUAUUAACACAAUAUUAGUGAGUGAUAAAUCUAUGCAGCCUUCCACUUCAUCCCGCCUUUUCUUGGAGGAACUGUAAAACUUCAUUCUGCUGUCAUGACUGAAAACCUACAAAAAAACAGAACUACAAUCUCCAGUUUCGCAUACUUUGCUAUAAAAAAAGCCCCGAAUGGUAUACUUAUGUUGGUAAUUGUGAGUGAAAAUCAGCCACAAACUGCUCUUAGAUUCGGUAAAGGAGUGUUGAAGCAAGCAGACAGGUUGAUGGAGUUUGUAGUUGUUGUGAUGUGAAGUGAGACUGACCUUAGCGCGGGUUGAGCACGCGUCCCAGUGUUGGCAGUCAUUCAUAUUCCAGUCCUCCCAGAGGGUCAACCCACUCCUCAGCUCCUCACUGUGCUACACUUCUCCUCCACAGCACCACUGCCAGCUACAACACCCGCAGAUCGCAGCAGCCUCCAGCUACACACUGCCUCUGAUCUGUGUACGCAUGAAAUAACACCAGCAAGCCCACCAAACUGAGGGAAAGAACUGAGAGCCUGCUAUCCGUCUCUGUGACUGUUGUGUGUGUGAGCGUAUGUGUCAACGGUGUGUGUGUGUAUGUGUGUGUUUGUGUGUGCAAAGGGCUGAGGAAAUGAGUAAUAUCUAGCAGUGAGAAACAUGUCUGCUAUGCGGAGCCACACAGGCAGACCAGUUGCUGCUGCCGCCCACUUGCUUUAAUCACUGUGAGUUAUACAAACAUGCAUACACACAUAAACUCAUGCACGCAAACAUACACACACCAACAAUCAUGGAUGCAGCACGUACAGAUUAUAUAGUGGACGAUAUAUGCUGCCUUUGUGCUGUCUGAGGGUGGGCUUUCUGCAGAAGUUCCACCCUGCAGAUGCAUUGUUUAACAUGAAAACUCAUUGAUCGAUUAAUUAAUCGGUGAUAAAUACAAAACUGUUUAUAUGAGAGGAAUAUAAAAGAGAGGGAGGGAUGGAGGGGAGGCAGAGAGACAGUUGAUGAAAUACAGGGAGGGACGUGGUAGGAGGUUCAUCCUACACACACUUUCAGACUUAGGCUUUUGCUGCUGCCUCUGACUCAAAACUAAACCUCACAUCCAUCAAGCACACAAACACACACUGAGAAAACACACACGCACACACACACGACCUACACUAGACUUGCUCUUUUUUGUUUCUCUGUAGUUUUCAUCUGAAUUUGCGUCCUUUGUUCUCAUCAAAGCCUUUUGUGACGCACCUGUUGCCAAAAGAGCUUUUAUGAAUACAUUUGAUUUGACUCCAUAUACCUGCACACACACACACAGACAUUUACACGCACACAUGCACAGGUUUUUGCACUAACAGGAGAGCUGUGAAUGAUUUGCCUAAGUGAUUCAGUCAGGGCAACAGCAGACUGCUGGUAUGGCUGACACGGCUCAUGAGGACAGGGUUUUGUGAGAGCUGUGUUGCCCCUUUACGACGAGAAAUCAAAAUCUAUUAGUGAGGAAAAAAUCUUUGAGAAAAUAAUAAACAGGCCCAAGGUUGAAAUGCAGCACAGUGCCAAUCGUACCGCCAAAAUAAGCAGGAGUUCAACAAGCUUAUGAUAAUAACCAAGGAAGAAAUUUGAUACAGGAACAAGAAUAAACUAGAGCAGGGGGUGAAAAUGAAAUGCAAUCAAAUCAUUACAGCCGCUUAAUUGUAAAAAAAGUGAUUUCGAUUUCUUUUUAUAACUCUAAGAGCAUUUUUCGAACCUUUCAAGCUCAGAACAAAUCUCAACCUCGUAUCCACCUGCAGUAAAUUAGAGGUUAACCUUGUCUAACUUCUCACCCUCUGUGGAACAGAGAGUCAAUCAGACUUGGAGACAUGUGCAGACACAUCGGCUUGAAGGCCACAUCGAGACAUCCUCGCAGUGAAAGCAACAAUUGCCAAGAAAGUCUCCUGUGACAUUUAGGAGAUUACUUUGAUUUUUUUUUUUUCCUUUCUUUUUUUUUUACAGUGAGUGCUGUGAGAAGGCUACGUGUGCUGAGGUUGUGUGGGCAUGAGCGCUGUCUGCGCUGCUGUAAUUGUGUGGGUUCAUUACGAGUAUCAGAAUUAAAAGAGGGUACAUUUACAUAUUCUUAAAUUAGGAGCACGUAUGGAUUAGGAUUUUACGCCUCUGGGGAAUUUUGUGGCAAAAAAUUCUUCUUGUACAUAAAAAAUAUGCUUCAAGAUCAUAUGACGUGGAGUUGAGUUACCUCUAUCAGUACAAAAUUAUAUAUGUAUAUUUUUUAUUCUUUUAUAUUUGGGAUUAUCUACAACAAAAACAUUUUAUUUCACUGCUAUUUGACAGUGCUGUUGUCGCCUAUAAAAUACAGUAUCUUUAAAUAACCUUUUCCAUGACUGCAUUACACAUGAUUAAAAGGUGUCUGAGGUGACUUGGCCUUUUUUUCUUAUUUAAUUCCCACACACAUGCAAACUUUUCCGCUUAAGUCACAAAAAAUUGUUUAAAAUCAACAUGGCAAGUAAGAGAAAAAUCCUACUUAGUGUAUAAAGCAGAUAAAUAAAUGCAGGAACAUAAAUAUAAUAAAACUUUCCUCGACAUAUCAUUAUUGUGUUACGUUGUAAAUGUGUAAUUUAAAGACUAUAUCUUGAUUAUGAAUCACAUAAAGAAUAACAAAUGUAGACACAAUGGUUCAGUCAUAGCGAGAGAGGAGGAAAUAGAGCGAGGCCGGGGUUCAUCAAAGGGUGUUUACUACAAUAUGGAAAUGUAGAAAUGACUGUUGAGCUCUUCUGCAUGUAUACUUUGAUAUUUAGCAUAUUGAUCACACACACACACACACACACUCACGUGAAUAUCUACACGACGAGCAAGCACACACUGAAGUCAUACUGUGCUGUCAAUAAUUUAAGGCACCGUGGGGACAUUUGGCACGCUCGCUCCAUCUUAUCCUCUCUGAUUCUGCCUGUUUGUCCUUCUGUCUGGCUUUGCUCUAUUUAAUCUGUCCAUCACAAACACACACACGCACCCUCACACACAAAUAAACACAUGCAAGUUCAGGGCCUUGACGAGAAAGGUCAGAGGAGUUAGACAGCAGUCUAUAAAUCAAAGUGAUGGAUGUGUAAAGGAGCUAAAGAGGUCAAAGGCCUGCACAGGUGAAACUUUUAACUCUAAGCUCACUCCCCAUCAACUCAAAAUGUUCUCUUUUUCACUUCUAAUCCUAUCUUUUAAUCCAAAAUGUCUUUUAACUUUGCUUUUUGUAGUCCUUUUCCCAUGCGUAGCCUUGUAUGGGGUGUCUGAUCACGUUUCAGGCUGAGUGGGGGAUCUAUGAUAGAUGUCUGAUGCAGCAGAAAUUUGUUGCUGAAUGUAACGGAUCUGAACAGAGGGGAGGAGUAGAGGGGAAUGCAGGGGGAGGGGGGUAGAGGACACAGCGGAUAGACAGUUAGAUAGACAUAGAUAGAUAUACAGUAAGAUAGAUAGACAGAGCGGAGUGUUGGGGAGGGGAGGGAGGGAGGGAGGGGGGGAGUACUACUAGCCCUGUGGAGGAUUACUCUGUAAGGAGCCGGCUAAGCUGAUAAAGGACAGGGUGAUACGGGCGAUAGCUUAAUGGGCAAAAGGCCAGGUCAGCCUGGUCACCGCUCUGACCCAUUCUUCAACAGGAUGAGCCAGCAGCCCUGCCCGCAGCAGGCUCAACCACAAUGAGGAUGGGCUUAUGGCUCAGGAGUUACUAUUAACACCCACGCACACACAACAUACUGCUCAGACACACAUACCAUACAUACACACACAGGAACACAAACGUGUGAAAAAAAAACACCCAUCUAUGAUUGAUUUUUUGUGUGCAGGUUACUUGAUUUAAAACCCAUUCUGUGGCACAAAAGUUGCUAAUCUAGAUUAGCUGUAAAACCAGCAGAGUGUGCCCACAGUGCAGCAGAAUAAACAGAAUAUAUCACCUUUCAAAAGCAGAGCUUACUCAGCAAGGAAAGUCAGACAAAGAGGGUAAAACAGUGUGAAAGAUGCAGACUAGAAGGUGAUGCCUGUAAUGUAUUGCUGGGUUAAUCCCCGUGAAUCCUAACUUGUACAGGCCUAAGGCAGGCUUAGUAUAGUUCUGGGAGGAAAUCCCCCUGUGUAGUGGUACAGGCCAUUAGCCCCUAGGGUAUAAAUAGGGCAGCUAUGCCUCCUUAAGCUGGCUUUUACGCAAUAUCAGUUAAAAAUAUGACUUGACUAAUUACAUGCAGGUCAGCCAGUCAGCAGAAGCAAAAAAAAAAUUCCUCCACCUCGUCCCCGACUUCCUCUGACAGCGCAGACUACUGCAGUGUUCCUCUGCCUGUUGUAAAUCCUCCGACACAUACAAGCAUGCACACACAGGUCAGCGGGGAGCAAGCGGUGCAGUUAGCAGGUAUUCUGAAAACCAUGCGGCUGACAUUUUCUUCAGCAGGUGUUAUGUUGUUGUCAUUCAUUGACAUUUAAGUGUCUGCUGAUGGGAGUUUCAAUUUUGCACUUUUCCACUGCCUCAAUCUGAUAACGCGCCUGUUAUGCGGUAUCUGCAGCAGCUAUAGUUUCAACCACUGAAGAGAUGACUUCAGUUCAAAUUUUAAAGUGUCAUAUGCAUCACAAACUUGAGAAGAAAAAAAAAAACAUGAAACAAAAAUCAAAUGUGCUAUUAUUGGGUGGGUGACAGCACUUCUUGUAUAACUACACUGAUGCCACAUACUGCUGAUGCACAGUCAUGCUUUUGUGUUUCCAUCCUUUCUGCGCACUUGUUUGUUCUUGCCAAUUUAGUUUCCUAACUUUUUACAUGCUCAGCUUCAGUGGCUCACAGGUAGCAGUCCGCCUCUCACUCGUGUAUGAUUAGCCAAGCUCAGAGCCCUUGAUGUGAGUACUACUCUCACGCUAUGAGAUCAGUAGCUUACGAGGGGAGGAAAAAGGGGGGGAGGGAGAGGUGGGGUGGGUUAUGGGAGAAAAAAAAAAAAAGAGAGAGGAGAGAGAGCGACUCAGCAAGAGAGAAAUGUCUGAUGGGGUAGAAACAGCUUGAAAGCGCGAGGACAAGUGUGUGUGUGUGAAAAGAAUUGGGGGGGAUUACUUUCAUUCCAAAGAUUUGUUGUUUUUGGCACCUUUCCCCCGGCGACUGCCAGUCAAGCUGGGUUUCUGUUGAUUCUCUGGUUUAACAGCAAAAUGUCAGCAAGCUGAAAGCAUAGUGAUGACAUCUCCAUGGAGAGAGCAUGGCCAGGUCUCCUAUUGGCAGCUCAAGUGCCAUUCAUUUUCUGAGAGACUGUCUAGACGGGC